GCACGACGGUGCGUGCAAGGAGGCGGGAGGGAGCCUCGGGCUGUCACCGGCGCAAUCAGCGUCCCGCCUCCUCCGCUCCCUGCGCUCCCGCCACCUCGGCAACUCCGCGCCCGCCUCCCGCCUCCGUCGGAAGCCUCCGCCGCAGUAAGGCUCCCGGUCUCGCUGCUGUCUCUUUAAAUGGUGGGGCUACGAGCCGCCCCUGCAGCUGCUCCCUGGGUGGCCCCGCGCGCCGCUUUUGAGGGGCGAACCAAGAUGGCGGCGGUUUUGGCUGUGUGAGGAAGACGGAAGAGACGGCGGCGGAGGGAAACCGACUUCCACUAGUCCGGGUCGCUUGGGCGGCCGGGGGCCCUCAGAGUCUCCCGGGCAGUGGUAGCAGCUGCAGCAGGAUCAGGGGCCUGUCGGCUUCUGACGUUUAAAACAGGGGGAGCGGAAGGGAGCCACUGGCCGCGGUGGCAGGGCCAGGUAUAAGGAAGGAAAAUAUGGCGGCGGCGGCGGCGGCCUGAGGAGGCAGCGGCGGCGCGGGAAGCUGCUUCGCGGAGAUCAUGGCGGAGGCGGGAGCAGGGGCCCCUUUCCUGGGCGUCUACUGGCGGGGCCCCCGCCCCGGUUCCCGGGCGGCACGAUGACCGACACCCGGCGGCGGGUGAAGGUGUACACGCUCAACGAGGACCGGCAGUGGGACGACCGGGGCACCGGGCAUGUGUCGUCUGGCUACGUGGAGCGGCUGAAGGGCAUGUCCCUGCUUGUCAGGGCUGAGAGCGACGGUUCUCUACUUUUAGAGUCCAAAAUAAAUCCUAACACCGCAUACCAGAAACAACAGGACACUCUGAUUGUGUGGUCUGAAGCAGAAAAUUAUGACUUGGCCCUUAGCUUUCAAGAAAAAGCUGGAUGUGAUGAAAUUUGGGAGAAAAUAUGUCAGGUUCAAGGAAAGGACCCUUCCGUGGACAUCACUCAGGACCUUGUGGAUGAAUCUGAAGAGGAGCGUUUUGAUGAUAUGUCAUCGCCAGGCUUAGAAUUGCCAUCUUGUGAAUUAAGUCGCCUUGAAGAAAUUGCAGAACUUGUGGCAUCAUCUUUACCUUCACCUCUUCGUCGUGAAAAACUUGCACUGGCACUAGAAAAUGAGGGUUAUAUUAAAAAGCUCCUGGAGCUUUUUCAUGUGUGUGAAGAUUUGGAAAAUAUUGAAGGACUGCACCACUUGUAUGAAAUUAUCAAAGGCAUCUUUCUCUUGAAUCGAACUGCUCUUUUUGAAGUUAUGUUCUCUGAAGAAUGUAUAAUGGACGUCAUUGGAUGUUUAGAAUAUGAUCCUGCUUUAUCACAACCACGAAAACACAGGGAAUUUCUAACAAAAACAGCCAAGUUUAAAGAAGUGAUUCCCAUAUCAGAUCCUGAGCUGAAACAAAAAAUUCAUCAGACAUACAGAGUUCAGUAUAUACAAGAUAUGGUUCUACCAACUCCUUCGGUCUUUGAAGAAAACAUGUUAUCAACACUUCACUCUUUUAUCUUUUUCAAUAAGGUAGAGAUUGUUGGCAUGUUGCAGGAAGAUGAAAAAUUUCUGACAGAUUUGUUUGCACAACUAACAGAUGAAGCAACAGAUGAGGAAAAAAGACAGGAAUUGGUUAACUUUUUAAAAGAAUUUUGUGCGUUUUCCCAAACGCUACAGCCUCAAAACAGAGAUGCUUUUUUCAAGACUUUGUCAAACAUGGGCAUAUUACCAGCUUUAGAAGUCAUCCUUGGCAUGGAUGAUACACAGGUGCGAAGUGCUGCUACUGAUAUAUUCUCAUACUUGGUUGAAUAUAAUCCAUCCAUGGUACGAGAGUUUGUCAUGCAGGAGGCACAACAGAAUGAUGAUGUAAGUAAGAAGUUAACAGAGCAAAAAAUAACCAGCAAGGAUAUUUUGCUCAUCAACCUCAUUAUAGAACAUAUGAUUUGUGAUACAGAUCCUGAACUUGGAGGAGCAGUCCAGCUUAUGGGCCUGCUUCGAACUUUAGUUGACCCAGAGAACAUGCUAGCCACUGCCAAUAAAACAGAAAAGACUGAAUUUCUGGGUUUCUUCUACAAGCACUGUAUGCAUGUUCUCACUGCUCCUUUACUAGCAAAUACAACAGAAGACAAACCUAGUAAAGAUGAUUUUCAGACUGCCCAACUAUUGGCACUUGUAUUGGAAUUGUUAACAUUUUGUGUGGAGCACCAUACCUACCACAUAAAGAACUACAUUAUUAAUAAGGAUAUCCUCCGGAGAGUGCUAGUUCUUAUGGCCUCGAAGCAUGCUUUCUUGGCAUUGUGUGCCCUUCGUUUUAAAAGAAAGAUUAUUGGAUUAAAAGAUGAGUUUUACAACCGCUACAUAAUGAAAAGUUUUUUGUUUGAACCAGUAGUGAAAGCAUUUCUCAACAAUGGAUCCCGCUACAAUCUGAUGAACUCUGCCAUAAUAGAGAUGUUUGAAUUUAUUAGAGUGGAAGAUAUAAAAUCAUUAACUGCUCAUGUAAUUGAAAAUUACUGGAAAGCACUGGAAGAUGUAGAUUAUGUACAGACAUUUAAAGGAUUAAAACUGAGAUUUGAACAACAAAGAGAAAGGCAAGAUAAUCCCAAACUCGACAGUAUGCGUUCCAUUUUGAGGAAUCACAGAUAUCGAAGAGAUGCCAGAACACUAGAAGAUGAAGAAGAGAUGUGGUUUAACACAGAUGAAGAUGACAUGGAAGAUGGAGAAGCUGUAGUGUCUCCAUCUGACAAAACUAAAAAUGAUGAUGAUAUUAUGGAUCCAAUAAGUAAAUUCAUGGAAAGGAAGAAAUUAAAAGAAAGUGAGGAAAAGGAAGUGCUUCUGAAAACAAAUCUUUCUGGACGGCAGAGCCCAAGUUUCAAGCUUUCCCUGUCCAGUGGAACGAAGACUAACCUCACCAGCCAGUCAUCUACAACAAAUCUGCCUGGUUCUCCGGGAUCACCUGGAUCCCCAGGAUCUCCAGGCUCUCCUGGAUCCGUACCUAAAAAUACGUCUCAGACGGCAGCUAUUACUACAAAGGGAGGCCUCGUGGGUCUGGUAGAUUAUCCUGAUGAUGAUGAAGAUGAUGAUGAGGAUGAAGAUAAGGAAGAUACGUUACCAUUGUCAAAGAAAGCAAAAUUUGAUUCAUAAUAAUGGCAACGGCCUAGGAUCAGUACCUGUUGAAAAAAACUGGUUCUCCACCCCUCCCCCAUAUAAAAUCCACAACAAAGCGCAGUGGUCUCUUGUGAAUGACUGACACAGAUCAGCCUCUUACACUUGACUUCUGCUCAUCAAGUGCCAAUUCAAUGGAGCAGGAGGAGGGGAUAUCAUACAUUUAGGGGAAAGACUUAAGCCUUUGAGCUCUCCAGCUUGGACCACACAUUGCCCUUUUCUCAGGGAAGGAAAUGGAAACAAAAAGCCAACAGGGCAGGGGUUUUGUAAGUGGAACUCUGGAUUGACUGGUCAGUUGCUACAAUCAGAAUAUGCUUUCUUGGACCAUGUUUGAGACUCAGAAGAAUGGGCCUUUCUGCCAUAAUUCUUCACUAGUCAAGAAUGCCAGCAGUUUCUUUGUAUAAAGAGACCUGCCUUUAAAAUCAUACAUUCUGAACAUUUUAGUCAAGCUACAACAGGUUUGGAAAACCUCUGUGGGGGAGGGGCGAGUAUAAAGUUUUCCUCUUUUUUAACUGUUCCCUUUGCCCUUCAAACUGCAGAUUUUUUUUUUUUUUUAAGUGGGGACUUCUCCCUACUUGAUUAAAGAUUGAGUGGAAUUCUAGAUGUGGUCAUUUGUGUCAUAAUUUUUUUGUUUUAUUUUUUGAUUUUUUUUUUUCCUCCCCUGAGUGUAUGCUUAGUUGUUGAGUAUAUAUAUUUGGGACCAUUAAAACUUUUUUUGAUGUAAUAUAACCUAACGUUGUGCUGGUACCUGUUUUACCAUGUGUAAUUUUUGUUCUACAUCACAGUUCUUAAUUUGUUUAGAGUUUUAUGAAAGAUGGUAUAGUUUUUAUUGACAAAAGCAAAGUAAUCUUACAACUAUGUGCAUACAAAAGCAAUACUAUUUUGUGACUAAAUAUUUUAUAUUAAAAUUUACAUCAGCAACUGUCUUGAGAAUUCAGGGAAAUAGAAUGGAAUUUAAAACUUCAACAGUUUUGUUAAAUCUAGAAACAUGAAAUUAGUAUUCCAAAGAGAUUCUGAAAUUUCUUUUCUUGGGGAAAUGACGGUACAUUAAAUCAAAAUUGAGGAUGGAUGAUUUAAAAACAUUUGACUUUUGAAUAAUAAAAAGAAAAGUGAAGAGUAAGAGAAA